GCUUUUUGGUGAUGCGUUGUUGUCUCUCGGAAUAUAUUCUUGCUUGAUCUGGUCCAGGUCGCUGUUUUGUGCCGCGGCGGAGCGACAAGGGACAGGAAGGUAGGAUUUUGUUACCAUUAUGCAGAUGCGCACUGACUUCUGAAAUUCAUUAAUCUAGACACCUUGGUGCUGGAGCUUUUGUGAUGAAUGAUAAAUGAGGUCAAUGAAGACUGCAAUGCUUCGUCUGCUCAAACCACAACCUCGGGGGAACCAGGAACUGAUUUUAGGCAGCCGAUGGUGGUGGACCAGGAAAGAAGCUCAACCACGGGAUUACGAAGUUCAUGCCGCGCAAGCAGGAGGGUCUAGCACUGCUAAUCUUCUACAGGCUUUGGAGGAGUACCUGCCAGUUCUGCUAGGACUGGUGAAAGAAAGCAGUGAGCUGAGAAACAAAGUGCAGUUUGUUUGGUCUAACCAAGAAGAUGAUGCUGAGGAGACAUCCAUGGCAGAUGCUUGGUACGAGGUGUUGUCUGUGCUGCACCUGAUGGCCAUGUUGUGCUUCCUGCAGGCCAACUCUCUGCUUCUUCCUAGGUCAUACAGUGACGGCUAUGGGCCGAGAGUAUCUGAAGAGAGCAGGCGAGCCACUGUUGAUGUUUUCUUGAAAGCAGCUGGGUUCUUGGAUUGUGCAGUUAAUCAAGUACUUCUGCAGAUACCACCCGAGAAAAGAAGGGCACUCCCAGUAGAUCUAGCAGAAGGAAAUCUAAAAGCACUUAGCUUGCAAGGACUUGGCCAGGGAGUUGAUAUGCAACUUGGAUUGGCAAUUGAUAAUCCAAAGGCUACUUUAGCAGUAAAACGGCGUUUAGCUUGCGAACUGGUCAAAUAUUGGCAACAGAUUAAGGAUAGCAUACCAGAGCUUUCUUUGUCAGAUGGAUGGGCGAAAAAGCACACACUAUUUGUAAAGUGGAAGUAUGCUGAAGCAAAGGCUGCUGCAUACUAUUUCCAUGGGUUGAUUCUUGAUGAGGGAGACACGGAAAAAUCUCACGAGAUGGCAAUAUCCUCACUACAAGCAUCAGAGGAGUUUCUGAAAGAGAGUGAAAGGGCUUCAGAGGCCUUCCAUUCAACUCCUCCGACAUCAAGUUCCUAUUCUACAAGUAACCAAAUACUCCGUAUGUUACUGUAGAUUUGAUUUCCCAAUUGAAAUAGACCACCACAAUUACUGUAGCUAUAUUACUAAAGAGGUGUGGUUGUUUGCUAAACUGAAUUGCAGUGUGUUGGUGCUGCUUUGUUGUCGAACUGAACAACUAUUUUGAUGUUGUUGUUUUCUUGUUGAAUUGAAACAUGUCCUGCUGCUGUUUGA